UAGUUUUUGACGAGUUGUGUUCAAAUAUCAUGCAUUCAAGUUGCUUUUAUGAACGCUGACAGAACUUCUUACAAGAUUGGUUUUUAUUCAUUUGAAAAUAUAAACGUGAACAUCUUUCCAACAGCAUGCUCUCAAGGGGAGAUUGGAUUAAAUGAAAACUCAGUUUUAACGUUUCAAAGAUUUACUGAUUGUUCAAAUGUCUCAACAGCAAAACAGUUCAGCACGCAGUGUCACUUUCAACGACGAGCAAACAGCAGCACAGCAGCAGGACGACAGCUGUCGGAUGAAACAGAUGACGGAGUUGCGCGAGUCGUCGGCUUUCAUCCGCAGACACCCAGAGUCGCUGCUGUUUGUGGCAUGCAAGGUGUUCCAGGCACUGGACGCAGACAACAACUCCCAAAUUAGCUGGCCUGAAAUUGAGGAUAGCUUCCUCGGAAACUUGGAGAAUAUUCCUUUUGACAACAAAGAGCAAUUGAAAGAGUGCUUCUACAAAUGGGCUUCCGUGGACGAAAACAGCGAGGAAUUGAGCUUCGAUGAGUUCUUGGGUUUUUUUCAGGAACUCAUCGAGAUGAUUUGAACUAUCCUGCCAACUGAAAUGUCUCCUGUUUUUAAUCCAAAGAAUUUGACUGCAAGAAUUCAUCAGUUUAAUUGUUUAAAAACUAGAUAUUGAUAUGUCAGGUGCCUUUUUCCAGCAUCUGAAAGAUUCGUUUUUUUUUUCAGGAAUAAAGAAGAGCUUAGAUAACGCUGUCGCUGAUGAAUAAAUUGAAUUGUA